UAUUGUGACGCGUGGCUCAGUCGGAAAAAAAAAGUCACUCUCUCUCCCUUUUAUAAAAUAAUAUAAAUAUAAAUAAUCCGACCUCCUUCUCUGCCGUUUGUCGCCACCCAUUCUAUCUCUCAUACUCCGGCGACGCCACUUUCAUCUUCAUCGCCGCCGUUUGUUCGUUCUCUACUCCUUCUCUUUCUUCCUCCGAAAGGUCGUAAGUCGGAAACCCUAGAAUUAGAAUUCGAUUCUGGAAAUCCACCACCAUAAUCAAUGUCUGCUUCUACAUUGACUCCCAAUCUUCUUCAAACAGUCUCCACUCAAUUUUACUCACUCUCCCAAUUCCCAACACCCUCAACUUCUCGAAUUUCAUUCAAUCGCAAAUCAAAACACCCAAUUUCGUCAAAAUCAGCUUCAAUUCUAACCCUAAAUGCAGCACUUUCUGACCCUUUUGUGCUUCAAAUUGCAGAAACUUUUGAAGACUCUCUCUCCUCUUCAUCUUCUUCAACUCCCUUACCUUUGCAGAAACUAAGGGAUUCUUCCUCUGAAUCCCUUCUUUCUCUAUCAUGGCCCACCCGAAAAGACGAGCCAUUUAGGUUCACUGAUACGUCCUUCAUCAAAUCCUCUGAAAUUCAACCUAUCACUAACCCACCUCAGGAUUCUGACAUCGCUUGUAUUUCUUCAGAUAUCCAUUUGCCCAAUCUCACUAUAGUUGAUGGGUAUAUUGUCGAUUCUUUAUCCGGGUUGUCGGGUUUACCCGAGGGUGUGUAUGUUGGUAGCUUGGCAAAGCUAACUUCUGAGGGAAUUGUAAAAAGGGUGUCUGAAUUUGUGUCAAAUUUUGAAGGUGAUUUGUUUUGGUCUCUUAAUGGGGUUGGUGCUCCUGAUUUGAUUGUUGUUUAUGUGCCUGAAGGGUGCCGGGUUGAUGGCCCGUUGCACUUGAGGUAUUGCUCCGUUAGAGGGAGUGAUUCCGGGUCAAAGACGUUACCGGUUUCGAACCCGAGAGUAUUGGUGUUGGUGGAGAAGGGAGGAGAGGUGAGUAUAGUUGAGGAGUUUGUAGGUGGAGAUGGAGAUAAGUGUUAUUGGACUAAUGCUGUUCUUGAGGUGAUCAUUGGUGAAGGGGCAACAUUCAGUCAUUCUUAUGUUCAAACACAAUCUUUGGGAGCUGCCCAUAUUAAGUGGACUUCCAUUAGACAGGAAUCAGCUAGCACGUAUAAGCUUGUAGAGUUUAGCUCAGGUGGGAAAUUGAGCCGACACAACCUCCAUGUUCAGCAAGUUGGCUCAGAUACAGUUACAGAAUUGUCAACACUGCAUCUAUCUAUCAAGGAUCAGACUCAGGAUUUGCAUAGCAGUCUGGUUUUGGAUCAUCCACGCGGUUACACCAACCAACUUCACAAGUGCAUUGUGGCUCAUCCACGUGGACAAGCUGUAUUUGAUGGGAACGUAAGAGUUAAUAGAUAUGCUCAACAAACAGACGCAGGACAACUGACAAGGAGUCUUCUUCUUGUUCCUCAGGCAACCGUAAAUGUGAAACCAAAUCUCCAAAUUAUCGCAGAUGACGUCAAAUGUUCUCAUGGAGCUGCUAUAAGUGACCUAGAAGACGAUCAGCUCUUUUAUUUCCAGGCUCGGGGUAUUGACUUGGAAACUGCUAGAAAGGCACUUAUUUACUCUUUUGGGGCCGAGGUCAUUGAUCGCAUUCCUUUUGCUUAUGUGAGGGAAAAGGUGAAGAAAGACAUUGUUGAGUUACUUCUUGAACCUGCAACAGUUAAGUCUGUUGUUUGAUGAAGCCAUACACAGACGUUAUCAGCAAUCAGCAUCGUGCUAAUUUUGAUCAAUUGUAUGUAUUCCUCUAUUCAAUUCCCCCUUUGAAUUUUUGUUAAAGGAUAGGUAAUAUGAAAUGCUUCAUGUAAUGAAAGUAUAGUUUUUCUUCAUGUGCUGUACACUUGUGUAACUUUCAUAUAUGAGCAAAAUGUGAUGUUGUAUAAUAAAUUAAUAAUGCCUGUUAUGAAAUGUGAUUUUUCUCUCA